GACUUGGACAGACGCACUGGGAUUGCUGGCACUCUCCCAGUCAGGAGACCAGAACUGUGCUGGAUAUGCUGGAUAUUGAAGCCAAGGCGGUGGAUGAGGAGUCAGGACCAGAAUUGGGUUUGAACAUGGAGUCUGUUCACAGAUUCAAAGAGAUGCUCUGCUGCUUCAGAGGAAAAUGGGGAGAGUGCAUCAAUGUUUCAGGAAAAUAACUUGUUUUUUCGUACAUCUGGAUCGAGUGGAAAUAUAUUUUUUAAAUAAGUUCAGCAGUUUAUUUUAGCUGGAGACUACACUGGCUUAGAGAUGACUGGAGCUCUGCACACUGGACUCAUGCUUUUCUCUUUUGUGGUGGCAUGUGAGAGUGAGCCGACACAUGCUGGGCCAGACAGAGCUGGGGAUUUAAACGAACAAUCCAAACUGCUCCACCUAACUUCUAACUGGGCUUUCCACCUGGUCAAUGAAUCACUGGACUUCUCGGGGGCAGACAGAUUCUGCAGGGGCCAGUUCAGCUCCCUUGUGCCUGCGGAGCAGUCAGAGGACAGAGGGGGGGUCUUGGAGCUGCUUCAGCAGGCCGCACAUCGCACGCCUGUCUGGGUCAGAGAUCCUGCCAAAGCAGCCUCCAAGCCUCUGGCCCUCUCCAAACAGUAUUUACAGUUCCCAGCUCUAAACUUCCCAAGAGAUUCUCGUGAGGGCUUUGCUCGUGUCAACAUGUCCUUUCCCGCCCUGUCCUCCAUCAGUGUGUGUGUUCGUGUUCAGUGGAACCCAGAGUGGAAUGAGGUGUCCACCAUCUUCUCCUACGCUGCACCUGUGUUCACCAAUGAGUUCCAGCUGAGAGGCCAAGUGGACAUGCAGGGACGCAUCCUUCUGGCUCUCAUCAUCCACGGGAAGCACCUGCCAUAUAAGGCAUCCUUCCCCAACGACGGAGAUUGGCAUCACAUCUGUGUCACAUGGCGCCUUAGCAACGGCCACUGGGCUAUCUAUGUAGAUGGGGACAAGAAGGACAUGGGCUCAGGCUCAGACACCUCCAGGAACAUCUAUGGUGAUGGAAUACUUAUUCUGGGUCAGGAUCAAGAUUCAUUUGGUGGGAAUUUCACAGAGCCUUUUUUUGGAAAUAUCACUGACCUGAAUGUUUGGAAUAUGUCUCUGGAAGCAAGGCAUGUCCGUGCCCUCAACGCAUGUUCCUCCAAAACCCAGGAACAGCUUUUUAGUUGGAAUCUUGAGCACGUAAGCAGCCACCCAGUGGUGAGCGAGGUACAGGCCCUUCUGUUUUGCCCAGUCCACCAGCAGAUGGAGCUGCAGGGCUGCAGGACCCUGCAGGGCGGCUCAGAUCAGCCCCCCCUCCUCGGCCUGACAGACUGCUCUGAUCCACUGCCAUUCAUCUGCCGGAGCAGCAGAGAGCGCUUCCUGAAGAUGAAGCAGAUCAGUGACUCUCAGACCUCGCAGCCCACAGCCUUCAUGAACCAGCUGAUGAAGCUGUCCAACCACAGCCAGGCAGUGCUGGGGCAGCAGACGUCGGGGCGGGGCAGCCUAUCCCAGGUGUCCGCCCUGCUGGAGGUCUCUGUGCAGGCCCUGCAGGACACGCAGCAGGAGGGACUGCAGCCGGCGGACAUGGUGUCCCUCAUCCAGCUGCUGUCUCUGGCUGCUGACGUCCCCACACAGCCCCCCACCAAGGAGACCUCCAUCCAGGAGCUCAGCCAGCACUUCAUCAGCGUGGCGGACAGCAUCAUCAGCGCAGACAACGCCCUCAAGUGGCAGGCCAUCAAAGAGGUGGUGAACGGACCCAUGGAUGUGGUCAACACCAUUGACCAGAUGGUGACCAGCCUGAGUGCCAGCUUAAUGGCAGAGACUGAUCACAUGACCAUUCUCAGACCCAACAUCAAGCUGGAGGUGCAGCAGCAGUGGCUGCAGGGGGGGUCCAGAGGGUCCAGCUUCUGUGGGCCUGAGACAGAGAGACUCACCAACCUGGACUGCAUUUCAGUUCCAAAUCAGAAAAUACAAGAUCUCCAUAACAACGGCUUCCAUAAGCUCACGUUGGUCAACACGUGGUACGGCUCUCUGCGGCCGCUAUUCAAUCGUGAGGAGAACAUCACCAUGGUUCCUACGGUCACUGACGGCAGCCAGAGGUAUUUGGGCACCGUGCUGGGCUCCUCGGUCAUAUCCACCACAGUGCUGGGAGACGACCAGCCGCUCAGCACAGCCGUUCACUUCCAGCUCCAGCACAGAGUUCAGAAUCCCACUGGUACUGUGUAUGAUCCAGUGUGUGCCUUCUGGGAUUUUGAUCUCAAUCCUGAAGCCGGUGGGUGGUGGAAUACCAAAGGCUGUGAUAUCGUGUCCAAACAUUAUGGAUACACCGUGUGCUACUGCAACCACACCACCAACUUUGCAUUGCUGUUGCAGGUUUAUGAAGCCCAGAGGAGCCCGGAGAAUGAAAAAGCUCUGCAGGUGCUGACGUUCAUUGGCUGUGGAGUGUCUCUGUGUGGCCUCCUCUUCACCUUCAUCCUCUUCAUCGCUGUGGGUGUCCCUAAAUCAGACCGUACCACCGUCCAUAAGAACCUGAUAGUGGCUCUGAGUGUGGCUGAGCUGCUGCUGAUGUGCAGUGACUGGGCGUCUGCUAAUGAGGCAGCGUGCUUCAUGGUCACCGCCCUGCUCCACCUCUUCUUCAUGGCCUCCUUCUCCUGGAUGCUGGUGGAAGGUCUGCUGCUCUGGAGCAAAGUGGUGUCUGUAAACAUCAGUGAAGACCGCAGGAUGAAGCUCUACUACAUCAUUGGCUGGGGACUACCUGUUCUCAUAGUUGGUGUCACACUGGCCGUAUCAGUGGAUGAGUACAAGGCAGAGGAUCACUGCUGGCUCAACGUGAAGACUGACACCAUCUGGGCCUUCGUGGGACCGGUUAUAUUUGUCUUGGCGGUCAAUGCAGUUGUGCUGUGUCGGGUUGUCAUGGUGACCGUUUCCAGCGCACGUCGUCGUGCUAAGAUGCUCAGUCCAAGCUCGGCAUCAAAGAUGCAGACCUUUGACCUCACCUGGGCUGUGACCCGUCCCGUCCUCAUCCUGCUGCCGGUGCUGGGUCUGACCUGGCUGUGUGGAGUUCUGGUCCACCUGUCCGUAGUGGUGGCCUACGUCUUCAUCGCUCUCAAUGCCCUCCAGGGCCUGUACAUCUUCUUAGUGUAUGCUGUUUACAACACUGAGGUGAGGAAUGCCAUAAAGAGGAUCAAAGAGAAGAGGAAGGCCUUAUCUUUCACGAACUGUUCCCAGCCCACCAGCUUCUUACCUUCUCAGAGGGCCCCGAUCACCUCCUGGGGCCGCAGUCCCCCGACUCCCUCCAGCCCAGACACUAGUGAGACCUCCGGACCCCCCAGUUCCACCUCCACGUCAUUGGUCAUCAAGAACGAGAGCUUCAGGAAGGAAAGCUUUGUGAGUUUCUCUUUAAAACCAGCAUCAGGGAACCAAGUGGUCCAGCUGACAGGGUACAAGCCAUCAGGUUGUUGAACUGCAAAUGGACUGAUCCUGAUACAAGCUGAAAGAAUGGACACACACACACACACACACACACACGCACGCACAACACACGCACGCACACACACGCACGCACGCACGCACACACAGUUCCCCAACCUGAAGAUGUGUGCACUGCCGCCACAAACACACACUGCUAAGAAGGAGAGUGAAAUCAAAUAAGGAAGGAAUGAUGAAGAAGUGGAAUUGCUUCUUCUUACAUUGUCACUGCUCUGUUCCCAGAUCAGAUCCAUGUUCCCUUAUUUUGGGGUUAGGUCUCUGACUGUCUGCCAGGGGGGUCCUCAAGCUCUGCAGGAAACUCCCUCACACCUUCAGUAGGAGCAGUGGCCGUAACUUUUCUAAUUUAAGCAAUACACAUACACUAAGAACAACAAGUCUGUCUAAGAAUGAUCAUGUUUAUCACCAGUUCUCUGAAUCUCAGCAUGUGAGCUGAUCUCUUCAAAGUACAACAUAUUGUUUUAAGUUUAAAAGGGUUAGCUCAACCAAAUAACACAUAUGUGUUAUUCGCUGAAGUUAUUUUAAAAUAGCUAAUUCAUGAACAAAUAUAAAAAUACUUUCUGAUAAUGAAUUGGUAAAUGUGAAUGAUUUAUCUGAAAAUCUCUGAGAUUAAAUUCUCCAAAUAAAAGGAAUAAUCUUUCAAAGUACUGCAAAAGCUCAUGAGAUGGAUCUAACCUUGUAUAAUCAAUCCAUUUGGUUCCUUUACAAAAAAUGUCAUGAAGAAUGUGGAGACAUUUCUCGGAAUAUAUUACUUUAUAAACUCAAAUCAUUUCCAAGAACAAACUCCAACAAGAUCAUUUUACUCAACAUAUAGCCCCUCUCAAUUUAGAUAAUACAUGUCAUUGAUGAUCUCUUAGAGGUUAAAACAUUAUUCCUGAAGUGAAUCCCAUUUCCCCAAAACAACACGGCUCAUUAAGAUCACACUAAGAAUGAUCUUAAUGAGCCAGCCCUUAUGUGUGACAAAUAUUAACGCUGGGCUUCCUUCUCACUGUCUUUGUGUUUCAUGUAAAUACAUCUACAGCUAGCAGUAAAUCCAGCUGAGCACAAAGAACUAAGACAUGUGGCUCCAAAUAUGAAAAAAUAAUUAGUUUCAUGACGUGUUGUCUAACAGUUUCAAAACAUUUUCGAUGUAGACGACUAUGUUUGGUUAACCUCCCUGUACACUGUGUUUACUGUCUCCCUGUUGUGAUUGGGUGGUUCUGUAAAGUACUGAAUGAGACUGUGAGUCUGAGCGUGGAGCUGUGGCAGAAACACAUCCCACAGAUAUUCUGAAGAGACAGGGAGCACAGGUCUCUUACUUUAAACACUCUCUAAAUCAUUAGCUUUAGAUACUGCAGAUGUGUUUCUCCAUUGUUCCCUCUGACUGACAGCAGGAUGCACUGAGUGAAAGGCUGGGCUGUCGCACCAUGCUGAGUGUGUGAGAGCACACCUGAGGUGUGUGUGACUCUGCUGGGCUUAGUCAGCCUUACGUGCCUGUUCUGAAGGUCAAAAUUGUGAUCUCACUCGUGCUCAGUAGUGAUGUUUUUAGGUGAAAAAACAUAGCAGGACUGUAGCAGUUUCACAGUUCAACACUGGUGAUAAUCUGACUGGAAACACACUGUGUUGCCCUCUGUCUGCUCAGUGGCAUGUGUGUGUGCUGGCAGAUUAGCUGUCUGAUCUACAGGUGCUGUCCUGUGGCCUCAAGUCUGGUAAUCCUGUCCGUGACCAGGUUCUAUUUCCCUCUGAAUAACACACGACAAGCAAAUAAAAGCCUUUUUCUGACGAGCUAGAAGUUAGACAUUUUAUCAUGGAGAACCACUCUCUGUAAUGUUAGGUUAAGGUUUUCCACAAUAACAGGUGGGCUCCAUUUUUUGCUCAGAAGGCAGACUUUCCCACCUGUAAGAAGAUAAUCAACAUUGUUUAAGGUGUCUGCAGUUACUUCUUCUUUAAAAUAAGCAUCAAUAUUUAGCAGAUAGCCAAUCAAAUAUCAGAGCUGCAAAACGGAAUUGGCCCGACUUGGAAUGAAAUUGGGGCCACCCACUUUCACCACCAAACUUAAUCCACAGGUUCUACAAGUAGACAUGCUGAAGAUGGACAAUGGAGGAACAAAUCAAUUCUGUUCCACAAUGAAAUGCUUUUACUGAUAGAUGUGUUUCUAAGACUGAUGUUGGAUGUUUAAAAUGAAACUGAUGUGAAUACUGGCUCUCUGAUGUUAAUAGUUCAGACAAGGCUGAAUAACAGCCACACUAUGACAGCUGUAAUUCAUGUUGUAUGAGCUCUGUAUCAUUUGUGCACAACUGAUGAAUGUUGUGUAAUUAUAGUCGACACACACAUGGAGCUUACUUCACUGGAAUUUAUUGGUUUAGUGCUAUUACAAUAAAAUAUAUUUAAAGAAA